AUGGGAAUGAACGAACGAAGAAGUGGCACACCUACGCUUGUUUUGCAGAUUAUGGAACAGAUGCAGAUGAGUGUACAAGAUGAGAAAGUCAAAACGAAAUUUCCAACGAAUGAACAGUUGAAUUCUCCCAAAACGGAUACCGUCAAUGUCACGAAUAAACACGACGAAUUUAUUCAUUUGGAGUCAGAACAAGUCAAUGGCAAAGAUGUUGCCAUCGAGAAUCUCGAACACUGUGAAAUAUUUCUCAAAGGUAUUCCCUCAUCGGUGCAAAUCAAAAAUCUUCUUGGUUGCGUUAUAAUUGUUGGCCCUUGUUCAAGAACAGUGAAUAUUGAUGAAUGCCAUCAAUGUGAAUUUGCAGUCGCUUGUCGACAGCUAAACGUUCAUACAAGUGAUGAAUGUGAUUUCUAUGUUCAUAUCAAUGCUCGCCCAAUUAUUGAAGGCUGUCAUCAUUGUCGCUUUGCCCCCUACACCGUGGAAUAUCAAUCUAAACAGCGUGAUAUUGCACAAAGUGGUCUUGUUUGGACAAUUGAUUAUUGGGACAAUGUCGUGGACUCUAACCAUAUGAUACCUGGUGUUCAUUCGCCAAAUUGGGAAACUAUUGAAGAAGAAGAACGAAAAGGCUGGUCGCUUGAUGUACCUAAGCAUUGCUAUUGA